GUGGAGCGCGGGGAGGGCGCGAGGCAGGAGGCGGCCGCCGUUACGGCGCGGGCGUGGUCACGUGGCCGCUGGUCACCGCCGCCGCCACCCCCCUCCCGGCCUGUUCUCCCUCUGGUCGGGUCCGGCCCGGCCGGCACCACGAGCGCCCAGCAGAGACUGAGGGAGAGAGAAAGAGGAGGGGAGGAGGAGGAUUCAGGGAGUAGGAGCUGGGGAGCCCUCCUGCGCCACAGAUUGUUGCUGCUCAAAGUGUGGUCCUCAGAAAAUUUCCAGACUUGGUGAAGAUAGGAGAGCUAUCAGAAAGACUAUAGCACUAUUGUACUUUCCGAUUGGCCAACCAAGACUUUUAUUUGGCAAACUCUGUCGUACAGAACCUGACAUCAUCUAUGACCCAUAACAAGAGCACGCGUUUUCAAGUGUCAAUUAGAUUUGUGGAUCAAUAAGGUUUUCUUGAAAGGUGGUCACUCUUGGUGACAUUGUCCAGUUCUCACAAUGUAUCAUUCCUUAUCUGAAACUAGACAUCCUCUGCAGCCAGAAGAACAAGAAGUGGGCAUUGACCCCUUGUUGAGUUACUCACACAAGCCUGGAGGAGAUUCAAAUCAAAAUGGAAGAAGAACAAGUUAUACUUUAGACUCUGAUGGAACUUUUAAUUCCUAUAGGAAAGAAUGGGAAGAACUAUUUGUAAACAACAAUUACUUGGCAACAGUAAGGCAGAAGGGGAUUAAUGGGCAGCUGAGAAGCAGCAGGUUCCGCAGCAUUUGCUGGAAGCUCUUUCUUUGUGUUCUUCCUCAAGAUAAAAGUCAGUGGAUAAAUAGAAUUAAAGAAUUAAGAGCAUGGUAUAGCAACAUUAAAGAAAUACACAUCACAAACCCGAGGAAGGUUGUUGGCCAGCAAGACUUGAUGAUCAAUAAUCCCCUUUCCCAGGAUGAAGGGAGUCUAUGGAACAAAUUCUUCCAGGAUAAAGAACUUCGGUCAAUGAUUGAACAAGAUGUCAAAAGAACGUUUCCUGAAAUGCAGUUUUUCCAACAAGAAAAUGUGAGAAAAAUUCUUACAGAUGUUCUUUUCUGUUAUGCUAGAGAAAACGAGCAGUUGCUUUAUAAGCAGGGCAUGCACGAGCUGUUGGCUCCAAUGGUCUUCACCCUCCACUGUGACCACCAAGCCUUUCUUCAUGCCAGUGAGUCUGCACAGCCAAGUGAGGAAAUGAAAACUCUCUUGAACCCUGAGUAUCUGGAACAUGAUGCCUAUGCAAUGUUCUCACAACUUAUGGAAACUGCUGAACCUUGGUUUUCUACUUUUGAGCAUGAUGGUCAAAAGGGGAAAGAAACCCUGAUGACUCCUAUCCCCUUUGCUAGACCACAGGAUUUGGGGCCAACAGUUGCUAUUGUUACUAAAGUCAACCAGAUCCAGGAUCAUCUACUAAAGAAGCAUGAUAUUGAGCUUUACAUGCACCUGAACAGACUAGAAAUUGCACCACAGAUAUAUGGGUUACGGUGGGUACGGCUGCUGUUUGGACGAGAGUUCCCCCUGCAGGAUCUUCUGGUGGUCUGGGAUGCCUUGUUUGCAGAUGGCCUCAGCCUGAGUUUGGUUGAUUAUAUCUUCAUAGCCAUGUUACUCUACAUCCGAGAUGCUUUGAUCUCUAGUAACUACCAGACCUGUCUUGGCCUUCUGAUGCAUUACCCACUCAUCGGGGAUGUUCACUCGCUGAUCCUUAAGGCUCUGUUCCUUCGCGAUCCCAAGAGAAAUCCAAGACCAGUGACUUAUCAGUUCCAUCCAAAUUUAGAUUAUUACAAAGCCCGAGGAGCAGACCUCAUGAAUAAAAGCCGGACUAGUGCCAAAGGUGCUCCCCUGAAUAUAAAUAAGGUCUCUACUAGCCUGAUGAAUUUUGGAAGAAAGUUGAUUUCUCCGGCAGCGGCCCCGGGCGGUGCGGAUGGCCCAGUACCGGGAAGCAGUGGCGGUACCUCCUCCCCGGCUGUGGUUCCCACCAGGACCCUAGCAGAGGCCCCCAAGCAUCCUCUGCAGCAGCAGCAGAGGCUGAUGAAAUCGGAAAGCAUGCCAGUGCAGCUGAACAAAGGCGAUGUAGUUACAGGAAGCGAUGCUCAGGUUUCUGUUCCUGCCCAGACCCUAACUGACCUCCCAGGACAAAGCUCUAAAAACAUCCGUUCAUCUCCAAGCAUUGAGAGCUUGCCUGGAGGAAGAGAGUUCACUGGCUCCCCACCUUCAUCUGCUACUAAAAAGGAUUCCUUUUUCAGCAACAUCUCCCGUUCACGCUCACACAGCAAAACUAUGGGCAGAAAAGAAUCUGAAGAAGAAUUAGAAGCCCAGAUUUCCCUCCUUCAAGGACAGUUGAAUGACCUGGAUGCCAUGUGCAAAUACUGUGCAAAGGUGAUGGACACUCAUCUUGUAAAUAUUCAAGAAGUGAUACUACAAGAAAAUUUGGAAAAAGAAGAUCAAAUUCUGGUUUCCCUGGCAGGACUAAAGCAGAUCAAAGACAUUCUAAAAGGUUCCCUGCGUUUCAACCAGAGCCAGCUGGAAGCCGAGGAGAACGAGCAGAUCACCAUCUCAGACGACCACUACUGCUCCAGUGGCCAGGGUCACCUGCCCAGGGCCACCAAGCAGGCCCCUUCAGCAGCGCCGCCGGGGCGCAGGGAGAAAGGCGACAUGGACGACUUCAUCCUCGUCUCCAAAGACGACGAAGGGGGCAGCGCCAGGGCGCCCCCGGUCGGCCAGGCUCAGGCCCCGCGGCCCCUCCGGAGCUCGGCCCGGCGCGCCCCGGUGUUCUCAGACCCGCUGACCGGCCCGGCCUCGGCCUCGGCCUCGUCCGGCAGCCCCAGCUCCAGCCCCAGCCCCGACGAUGACAGCAGCGGCAACAGCAAGGACUCGGGCUUCACCAUCGUGAGCCCCCUGGACCUCUGACCGCCGCCCGGCCACCCCCGCAGCCCCGUGAAGACGCCUCUGAAACCCAGCCUCUUCCCAGCACGCACGUGGCCUUGGUGCAGCCCUUUAAACCUGCGGAGAGAAGCAGGGGGCCCGCUGAGCACGCAGACCUUCCCCAAAAUGCAGACAGCUUUUCCCUGUAGCUCACCCGGCCCCGCCAGUAAGGUCCCCAGCAUCACACUCACUGUCCAAAAAGACCAAACCACAGCUAGAAUCACUUGCUCUGUCCUCUCCUCGCCAGCAAAGAAGGUGUGGCCACACCAUCCGGUGUAUCUAGAAGGAAGAAGUGGGUUUCAAAUCUUCCCUCCCCCGGAGCAUCAGGCAUAGGAAAACUGAUUUCAAGAAAACACGCUCUCUGGAAAUCUAUAUCUCAACCUAUUUCAUACUUCAUUCCUCCCUUGGGAAGCCAUACAGUAGAGGCCAGGCGCAGCCAAAGGGACUAGAACUAGUGGAGCCCAGGGCUGGACGAAACCUCCCAGAUAGUUACAGGGUCUAAACUUAGGAAUCAUAUUUACCUGCCAGCCGGUUCCAGUUUUUUUCAUUUGUUAAAGAAUACAUUUCUAAACCUCAGACCACAUCAACUCUGGCCAUCACUGCCCCUCCUUAAACAAUUGUAAUUCAUCCUUUAGAAUCUUUCACAGUCAGAAAAGAGGGUCACUUAGCCACGAAUAAGCCAUGACUGUGUGCUCUGCUGAUUUUGGUCACCGUCUUGAAGGAGACAGUGCUCCCUGGAGUGGGAUCUAGACAAGGAGGAGAAACACUGCGACUUGGGGAACAACUCCCCAGCAAGUGCGCCUGCUUUCUUCCUUUGCUUGGCUUAUCCCUUUGAAGAGAGGGGUCAAACGAAGGCUGACUUUCUUAGCAUGGAAACAUGGAGCAAACCCUGGGCUGGGUCACUCCCCCGAUAGACUUUGUGACCUCGGGCACCGCAUUUUAUUGCUUUUGUCUGCAACAUCUGCAUCUGGGAAAGGACACAUCAGAUGGAAUGAUCUCAUAGACCCCUUCGGUUUUGAAGUCUGCUGAUUCUAAAAGCCUAUAUGAACCCUAGCCAAUGACAGGUGCCUUGGUCUCAGAGUCAUUUAAGUCACAUAUUAGAUACGAUCUGCCAUUACUAUAAAUGUAGCAAUUUUUUUCAAUUUUAUAAUAUUUUAAGUCAUUUUUUUAUGAUUUCUGGAUUGUCACUGAAUAUUGCGAUUUACUUGCCAGCUAAGUUCAAGGAUUGCUAGCCAUAAUCUAAAUUACACAUUAUUUUAUUUCUCAGUCUACAAAUCUACUUUUAAUUCUUUACUAUUUUCUACAUAUUUUUGUUUUUGUUUUUUUUUU